GACACUGUGCGCCUCCCUUGGAGCUUCCAUCCAAUGACAUGCCAGUCGCGUUCGUGUCCUUUUUGCUGCAUCAUCCAAUCUUAUCGCCUCCUUCCUUCGUUUCCUCUUCUACGAAUCUCGACUUCGGAUCGUGCAGCUGUCGCUGAUUAGAUAUCCGUCUUCUUUCCCUUUCUUCUUUUCUCUCCUUCGCCUCUUUCACUUGUCCAGUCCAGGGCCAUCAUGGCGCUCAACGUCUUCCGUGUUGCGGGGGAUUUCUCGCAUCUGGCGAGUAUCCUCAUACUGCUGCACAAGAUGGUGCAGCUCAAGAGCUGCUCCGGCAUCUCUUUCAAGUCGCAAGGGCUCUACCUCCUCGUCUACCUCACCAGAUACCUCGACCUCUUCUCGACCGACAGCAUCUACAACCUCGUCUUCAAGAUCCUCUUCAUCGGCUCGCAGGGUUACAUCAUCUACCUCAUGACCAACGCCUACAAGCCCACCAACGCCGCCAACCUCGACACCUUCCGCGUGCAGUACCUCCUGGCCGGCGCUGCCGUUCUCGCCAUCCUCUUCCCCGUCAAGUACACGCCGUCCGAGAUCCUCUGGGCCUUUUCCAUCUGGCUCGAGUCUGUGGCCAUCCUCCCGCAGCUGUUUAUGUUGCAGCGCACCGGCGAGGCCGAGACCAUCACGACCCAUUACCUCUUCGCCCUCGGCAGCUACCGCGCGCUCUACAUCCCGAACUGGAUCUACCGCUACCUUGCCGAUCCCAAGUAUAAGGUUGAUUGGAUCGCCAUCAUCGCCGGUAUCAUCCAGACGAUCCUCUACAGCGACUUUUUCUACAUCUACUACACCAAGGUUCUCAAGGGCAAGAAGUUCAAGCUGCCUGUGUAAGAGAGACAAGUGAUGGUUUGACAUGCGGCGUUGCACGGAACAAGCCAUCAGCAGUAUGCUUAGGGGAUGACGUGACGACAGCUUCACGGUAGAAGGGGGCCAGGAUUCUGCUUGCCACGGGGAAAGCGGGAGUGGCACGGCUACGACAAUCUACAGGAUCGAUCCAGUCUUUUUUUCCGGGGGGCAUUGAUUGCAUUGGCGGCGUUUGAUGGUAAUGCUCGGUUUGACGGCAGUAAGGGAAUGGGCGUCAUCUCUACAUGUGAGGAUUCCAUGAGUUUGGGCCACGUACGUUGUGGAUGAAAAAAAAAUUAGAAGGCAGUCAAUUGAAUGUGUUUGAU